CCUUUUUUGAGCGUUAACAGUCAUGCCAUUCGUCAAGGAGCAAAAGAACAAGGCCUACUUCAAGCGUUUCCAAGUCAAGUACAGAAGAAGAAGAGAGGGAAAGACUGACUACUAUGCUCGCAAGCGCUUGGUUGUUCAGGCUAAGAACAAGUACAACUCCCCCAAGUACAGACUUGUCGUCCGUUUCACCAACAGAGACAUUAUCUGCCAAGUCGUCUAUGCUAAGCUCCAAGGUGACCAUGUUCUCACCGCUGCUUACGCUCACGAGCUUCCCCGUUAUGGCAUUAAGGGUGGUUUGACCAACUGGGCUGCUGCUUAUGCUACCGGUCUCCUUGUUGCUCGCCGUACUCUCGCCAAGCUCGGUCUUGAUGAAAAGUACGAGGGUGUCACCGAACCCGAUGGUACUGUCUCCAUGACCGAGGCUAUCGAGGAUGGACCUCGCCCCUUCAAGGCUUUCCUUGAUGUCGGUCUCAAGCGUACCUCCACCGGUUCCCGUCUUUUCGGUGCCGUCAAGGGUGCCUCCGAUGGUGGUAUCUACAUUCCCCACGGUGAGAACCGUUUCCCUGGUUUCGACAUUGAGAGCAAGUCUCUUGAUGCUGAACUUCUUCGCAACUACAUCUAUGGUAUCCACGUUGCUGAGUACAUGGAGUACCUCCAAGACGAAGAUGAGGAGCGUUAUAGAAAGCAAUUCGCCACUUUCAUUGCUGAGGGUAUCACCUCUGAUGAAGUCGAGGAUAUGUACACUGAGGCUCACGCCGCCAUCCGUGAAGACCCUAGCGCUAAGCCCACCGAGAAGAAGAAGCCCGCUGCCGGCGAAAAGGUCAAGGCCUACAAGAAGCAGCGCCUUAACAAGAAGCAGCGUGAUAACAAGGUUCUCCAGAAGAAGCUUGCCUGGGAAAAGAAGAACCUUGAAUAAGUUUUUCCUUACUAGGCUGUCACAAUGCCCCAUGUAUGAUUUCCUCCUCUCUACACACUUUUCAUCACCCCCAAUAAAAUGCAUCUUUUGUAAUACUCCACAUG